UUGCUAAAAACGUGUGAAUGAAAAUAAAAUGAGGACCCAAAUGUUUGCUUUGCUUCCUCAGCGUGUAGAAUUGGAAAAUAAGGAAUCAAAACAGGAAUCGCGAAAUGUCAAAAACAGUGAGGCCAGGCCGUGCGUGAAUCGACCUGAAAGUGUUGUGCUGAAAACACGUGAAACGUUCCACUUUUGGGUCAUUCCGGUUUGUGUUUGCCUGAAGGGUUAUUUUUCGUUUAUCCAGAUCGUUGAAUUUCAAAACUCUUGAACGAUGGUUAAGAAAAAGAUAGACAACCGUAUCCGGGUUAUGAUUGAAAACGGUGUAAAACUCGGCCAUCGGUCUAUGUUCGUGAUUGUAGGAGACAAAGGUCGAGAUCAGGUGCCGAUUUUGUAUGACAUGCUAUCAAAAGCAUCCGUAAAAGCACGUCCUACAGUUUUAUGGUGUUACAAAAAUAAAGACGAAGCUAUCAGCAACCAUGGUAAAAAACGAGCUAAGAAAAUUCAAGCCGGUAAAAUCGAUAUUAACGAAUCGGACUUGUUCGAUACGUUCCGUGUGUCUACAACCAUUCAUGGAAGAUACUACAAGGAUACACAUACUAUUCUCGGCAAGACGUAUGGUGUAUGUGUGCUUCAGGAUUUUGAGGCCCUUACGCCGAAUCUCUUGGCCCGAACUAUUGAAACAGUAGAAGGUGGUGGAUUGAUCAUACUUCUUUUAAAAACAAUUAACUCUUUGAAGCAGUUGUACACUAUGACCAUGGAUGUCCACAAACGUUACAGAACAGAAGCUCACCAGUAUGUAACAUGCCGGUUCAACGAAAGACUUAUCCUUUCUUUGGCCGAUUGUUCACGUUGUCUGCUUGUGAAUGAUGAUCUUACCGUUUUGCCUUUGUCAUCGAAAACGGCUGAUUUAAAACCUGUGGAGGCAGGAUCAACUCGCAAAAGUGCUAAUGAUGAGCUUCUUGAAGAGCUGAAAGAAAAUUUAGCUAAUACUCCGCCAGCUGGGCCACUGGUAGCACUAUGCAAAACACACGAUCAGGCCAAAGCGGUGGCCCAAUUCAUAGAUGCUUUAGCAGAAAAACAACUGAAACCACCAACAUCGCUAACAGCCGCUCGAGGACGAGGCAAAUCGGCUGCCAUGGGUCUUGCUAUUUCCGCUGCUAUCGCAUUUGGCUAUGUCAAUGUUUAUGUAACAUCUCCCUCACCAGAGAACUUAAUUACAUUAUUUGAGUUUAUUAUGAAAGGUUUUGAUGUUCUGGAAUAUCAAGAACAUACGGAUUACUCGAUUAUUCGGUCGACAAAUCCAGACUUCAACAAAGCUAUUAUUCGCAUCAAUGUUACACGCAACAAUCGACAAACGAUCCAAUAUAUUUCACCUACGGAUGCACAUCUGUUGAAUGCUGCCGACUUACUAAUAAUCGAUGAGGCAGCUGCUAUUCCAUUGCCAUUGGUGAAAGCCAUGCUUGGACCUUAUCUUGUGUUCAUGGCAUCCACUAUCAAUGGUUACGAGGGAACGGGACGUUCUUUGAGUUUGAAAUUGCUGUCCCAAAUACAAAAAUCUAGCAAUGCUCCGCCACCGAUCAAACUAGAGGAAUCCAUCCGUUACAGUCCGCAUGAUUCGAUUGAAUCUUGGCUAACCUCCCUUCUAUGUCUCGAUGCAGCUGUGGUGCCAAACCUUCACUCGGGUUGUCCUCCACCGGACGCUUGUGAAUUGUACUACAUCGAUCGCGAUGCGCUUUUCUCUUAUCAUCGUGCUGCAGAAGCCUUCUUACAGAGAGUGGUUUCAAUUUGUGUCUCGUCACACUACAAAAACAGUCCAAAUGAUCUGCAAAUGAUGAGCGACGCGCCCGCUCAUCAUUUGUUUUGUCUUUUGGGACCCAUCACGAAGAAAGAUCAACUUCCCGAGAUAUUGGUUGUCGUUCAAGUCAGUUUGGAAGGUCAGAUAUCGUCACAAUCAAUUCAGAAUUCACUGGCUCGAGGCAUGAAAAAUGCUGGUGACUUGAUACCUUGGAAUAUUGCCGAGCAAUUUGGCGACCAGGAAUUCCCUAAAUUAAGCGGUGCAAGAAUUGUGCGAAUAGCGACUCACCCAAAUUAUCAAAGGAUGGGCUACGGGAAAAGAGCUUUGAAGUUACUAAGAAAUUAUUACGAAGGUAAUUUUACUUCUCUGGCCGACGAAGAAUUAGAUGAAGAGGACAACAAUGGUAUCCAAGCGAUCGAUGACGAAGAAGUGGGCCUUUUGAAGGAAGUAAUAGAGCCGAGAAAAAAAAUUCCAACCCUAUUAAAGCGACUUUCAGAGCGUCGCCCAGAGCCUCUGGAUUAUCUGGGGGCAUCUUUUGGUUUAACAAAUGAUCUUUUAAGAUUUUGGAAAAGCCAGAAAUUUGUUCCGGUAUACUUGAGCCAAAAGGAAAACGAACUAACUGGAGAACAUUCUUGUAUCAUGAUUUCCCCCAUUUCCCAUAACAUGGAAAAAGUAGAGACUACAGAUUGGUUGAAUAACUACUUCAUAGAUUUCCGAAGACGCAUUCUAAAAUUGCUAGGGAAAGCGUUUCAAAAAUUUAACACGGGAAUGGCUUUAUCUUUGAUCGAUAAUAAAGCCAUAAAAAUAAAAGAAGAUGAGCUAUGUCAGAAAACAAUCGACGAGUACUUUUUGCCACACGACAUCCAGCGGUUGGAAAUGUACACCCGAAAUCAGGUGGAAUACAAGUUGGUGAUGGAUCUCACUACGGAUCUGGCGACUUUGUUUUUCCAGUCCAGAAUGGGUGGUGCACAGAUUGAUUCUCUGCAAAAAGCUAUUUUGAUUGGCAUAGGAUUGCAGCACAAGAGCAUUGAUAAGUUGACCGAGGAAUUCAACAUGCCCAGUGGCCAGGUGUUGGCCAAAUUUUACGAUUGUAUCAAAAAGUUAACCAAGUACAUCAAUUCGGUGGAAGAGCGAACAAUAGAAAGCACCAUGCAAGAUGAGAGGACGCUUAAAACUGGAGAUAAUUUGGUUGCCUUAGAUAAGUCUAUCAAUGAAGAUUUAGCUGAAGACGUAAAGAAGCUAGAGAAGAAGCAGAAAAAAGAGCUGGCAUGGCUAAAGAAGGACAAUUUGGACCAAUUCAAAAUAAAAGGAACGGACGAAGAAUGGAACAGUGUGCUCACGAAAAACAAAUCGACGAUUGUUUCUAUUAAAAGUGGCGAAAAACGUUUGGCGCAAGAAACUAUACAUUCUAGCGAAGAAAAUACGCAUUCGUCAAAGAAAAAGAAGUUCAAACACAAAUUUUCGAAAAAGCAGAAAUUCGGCUAGAUAAAAUAUUAAUGUUUUGAACUUACUUUACAUCAGUAAGUAGAUACAAAAUUUUAAUCUCA